ACUACAACUAAAGCGGUGGCGCUAACCACGACAAGGCAGCCGACACAAACACAUACAGCGCGUCGUCUGCCGCGCGGCUCUAAAGAAAAUACCGCCGCGGCACCUACUACGGCUUGGCUGGCGCGCACUGCUGAUAGAAGAAGCACAACGACGAAUGUGCGCCAAAAUCGUAGCUAUUUGAGCGCCGCUGCAGCACAAAACUCUCAAACGAGCGGUGCGGAUGCGGUGGUAGCGAACACCGCCGAUAGGAGUGCUGUUACGAUCAAAAUCAACAAACAAAUUGACAACAGCCAAAUAAAGCGCGUGACACAAUACAAUAACAAAAACAAUAGCAAUAGCAGCGCAGAUAAAAACAAUAAAUACAACAACGACAAUCAACAAAAUGCCACCAUCAAAGCAGCGCGCACGAGCGCAACCGUUAAGGCAGCACGAAUAUCGGCAAUGCCGCCAUCAACAGCUUCAUUGUCGCCAUCUGUGACGUCUGCAACGGUGGCUACGCUGAACACUCAUCGUCACGAUGGCGUUUCGCGUCAAGCGUCAUCAAUAGUUUCCGCGCCAAACGAUGCGGUGACGAAUCAACACAAUCAACCACUCCUGCAGCGCCAGUCAAAACAAAUCGCCACCUUUGCGGUGCAAAGUAACGUACAACGCGCGACGCCAGCACAGAAGCAGCAGACAGACAACAAUGGCGGCGGCGGUGGCGGUGGCGUCGGCGAUGUCGGAAAGGCGAAUUCAACGCGUCUGCCACAAACACCAAAAACGCCGCGCAUGAUACAUCGACUCGUAGCGGGUCACAUACAAAACUCCGAGGGCCGUUCGACAUUUCAAGUCUCCGCCGUCACAGCCAACAGCACUAUCUCUAAUUCAACAACAACCCACAAGCCUACAUAUCAAUAUGUACGCUCCAAGGGGGGACAAUUAACUAUGAGCAGUACCUAUCGUUUGGCUAAGGUGAGCACCACUCCUGCAGCAACAACAAAUACAGCAACGACCACAACUGCAAAGCCUUUUUACUUGAGAAGAGAUCACGAUGACGAUGAGGCGCUACUGGAAGAUGCGGAAGAAUUCGAUAAUUGGGAUAAUGGUAUCUUGCGACUCAGCGCCGGCUCUGGAAAGGAGAACACAGUCAAAUCGAAGAAGAACAAAGAUGAAUCGAAGAAAACACUUUCCGAUCAAGUGCGUGACGGCAAGUAUGGUUUGAUUGAAAAAGAGCUAUUUCGUCGUCCACCUAAACGGCCUGGUGUAAUCAGUUACUUGCCGAAUAAGGAGACGCCCAUAGAUAAUGAACGCACCUUUGGUGGCCUCAAUGAAGAGGACAUCUGGUUGGCUGAAGAUCAUUUGCUUGUGAUCAAGGGUGGUAAUCUCAAUGAGGGCGAACCGGAUGAACCGUGGCCGCCCAUCGAUGAUUACGAUGCGCCCGGUAGGCAAAUCAAAUUGCCACCGAAUCCGAAAGUGCCGCCACCAUUUCCUGUCCAGCUCGAAGAGAAUGGCCCGCUACAGUUUAUCGGAAAUAAUAAAUUCACGGUCGUCUAUCCGGUCGCUAACGAAUCGAUACCAGUUUAUCCCGCCGGCCCGGAAGCCAACUACGCAUCGUCCGAAGGUGAUAGUGACAACGAGAAGAAUCUUCUUACCCGGCCGGGAUCGUCUCAAGAUGCUGCACAAGGCGACCCGGGUUACCUCUACCCGGCGCCCUACCCGCCGUGGCUCUAUCACAACCAAACGUUUGUCAAUCCGUUCCUGAGCAAUGCGCGGCCCAUCACAUUCCCCAAUUUGGGUCCUUUCCCACUUGGACGUAACGGUUCGUUGGAGAACUCGAAUGGCACUGACUACUUCGACGAAGAUGAUCCAUCCUUGUAUUACCCACCUGCAUACACUUUUGUUUACAAGAGUAAUUACAGCAACCCGGUGCCGCCGGGACCACUUGUGCCGGGUAUUGUGUUGCCACCGCCUGCUAAUCAAUUCAGCCGUCUGGAAAAGUCAGACAAAGUACAUACAACGAAUGCGCCUCCACCACCCAGGCAUCGUGGUUAUGGUACGCCUUCUACAAGUACUUCAAGCACAACAACUACCACCCCCACCACCACUUCAACAACAACAACAACCACCUCGACAACAACUCAGGCGCCAUAUCGACCGCAAGUCAUCACGAAAAUACAUCAAUAUUCGCCAAAAACAAUUAUCAUUACACCAGAGCCGCCGCAUGUGGUGCCACCGAGCAAGCUGCCACCUCCACCGGCACCUUCCCCAACCGCAGCUCCACCCGAGGUCAUCCAAUCCAUACCCGUGCCAGUUGCUGUGCACAUACCCAUCUUUCCCUCCAACAAAUAUCCACAGCCGCGACCAAAUGCCAUCGCUUUUGAAGGUACAACGCCACGCAACAACCAGGACACACUUUCGAAAUCCAAUCCUAUUUACUACGAAUACUUUGAGGCUAAACGUCAACCUGGUGGUGUUACUACGAAUGUUAUUGACGAUUUCCUCGCCACAACAGAGAAGCCUGUGCGGGCUAAGCCGAUAAAGCUGUAUGCGACCAGUAAGCGACCAUUCAAAUCCCAGCCGCAGAACCAACGUAACUACUUGCCACCACAGCUGCAGCCACAACGACAAUACUUGCCACAAAAUGUGGUUUACAUCACACCCAAACCGGAGGCGGUGCGCUAUAAACGACCACCACCGCCGCCGCCGCCUGUAGAAGGGCCAGUCUACAAGCCACGCCCACUGGAGAAUUUCGAACAAGAGGUGAAUGCGAUACGCGAAACGCUGCGCUACUACCAGAAUCAACAAUUGCGUGACAACAGUAUACCGCGCACACCCAAAGCCAAGCCAAUAUACGAGUUCAGUUUCGACGCAUCCAAAAACUUGGAACCAGCUCAACCAACGCAGAACGCGGGUGACUUUCAACCGCCAGCAGAAUAUGACGAAGCGCCCUUCAAGCCAAUGGUCACCUACAGUCCACCAGUGGAUGAUGAGAAUUCAUUCCAUGCAAUUGACGUAGAGAAGUCGAAUGCAAACCGUCAGCAAGAGGAGCCAUAUCCACAAAAACAGCAACAGCGUUAUCACUCAACCACCACGCUAGUGCCGGUGCAACCCGAUACGCCAUAUCAGCAGCAGCAAUCACCGCCAGUUGGGCAAGGUCGUCCGAAAAAACUACGUGUAGGUGCAAAGUAUUUACAACAAACGCCUGUGGCACCUGAAUAUCGCUCGGCUGACCAGGAGCUGCCACAAUAUCCGAGCACACCGCGCACGCAUAUCGCUACCCAAACGCCAUGGGUCUCGAUAAACCAACAGCAAGAGUUGAGUGAAUACGCUCCACCACCGGCGCCGCAACAGCCGCCACCUCAAUAUCAACGUAUAGAGCGUCCGCCGCCGGGCAUUUCACCCAAGCAGCGUGGAUUCAGCGGCUACUACUAUGGCGGCCCAACGCUGCAUGCGCGUCAAAAUAAUCGUUUCUAUGAAGAACCGUUCCAGCAAAUAAAUGCGCGACGCAUAGUCAAUUAUCGGCAACCACCACCACCAUCGCCGCCACAGUCCAACUACCAGCAACAACAACAACAGCAGCAACAGCCACCGCAAACCGUUUGGAGUUUAGAGAAUGACACUUACGUAAACUACGCACCAAAUCGGCCACCACUCAAUCCCGACGCCGAGUUUAUUAAUCCCUACCAGCCGGCUUUGCCGCUAAACCCCUACGCCGCGCAACUACAGCGUUAUAACGCGCCGCAACCGCAGCCGCCACCGCUUUCCCACCAAUCGCAGUACUACGCGCCACAACAACAAUUAGCGCCGCAACGUCAAUAUCAACCACAACAAAUACCAUUGCAUCGUGAUAUACUCGUGAACUACCGGCAACCGUUGCCACCCAUCAAUCCGGACAGUGAAUAUAUUUCGCAUCCGCAGGUGGUGCGACCGCAGGUCUAUUCGCCCAUCUAUCGGCCGAACGCCUACCAACGUUUGCCGCCACAAUUGCCACAGCUAACCGUGACAGGCGAGCAGGAUGGGCUCUACUACAUAGCACCGAAAUAUAGGCGAUCUAACAAUGACAAUGACAACGGUAGCAACAGCAGCAAUAAAAAUAGUAAUGACGAUAUUAGUGAUGGCAGUCAAAGUAAUGACGGCGACAGUGACAGUGACAGUGACAGUGACAGUAAAACGAAUGCAAACACAAAUGCUUCAGCGCGUGAUGGCAGUAACAGCAGUAAUGGCAAGAAAUAAGGCGAGCACGUUGCAGGGAAAAAAGUAAUAAAUAUCGUAGGCGGCAGACUAGCCAGACGCGUGGUUGUGAAAGGGUGGUUGUGCCUCACUGAGAGCUUUGUCUGAUUGAGUGCUGGUGAAUUUGAUGAGGAUUAUCGUUUUUGGGCAGUCGCACCUCUUUAAUAGGCAUGGUAAACAUACGUAUGUAUGUAUGUGUGUAUGCAUCUAUGCUUGGCCGCCUACCUUCUUGCCGAGUGGUCAUUAGUGUUAUUUAUGUAAGUAAAUUGUAUCAACAGCAGUAAGGCCAUGGCAGUUAAGUAGUUUACGGCAUGUGAUUACGCUAAUACAUAAAUAGGCAUAAGGAGUACUAAGGUAAAGUAGCAUAACUAAUAAUAUUUCUUAGUAUUACCGAAAUUACUUUUUAUUAAUAGUCAUUGAAAUGUUCUGAAUGUGUUCGUGAAACCUUUAAUGAUUUUAGUGUUGGUGCACAGCAAAUCAGCAAACAUUAAAAGAAAAAACUAUACUUAGCUGAUGGCGCCGUUUUUUACCAUUAAAAAAAAUCCUUCUCCCUGUUCAAACUAUCGGUUGCGAAAAUUAAAAUAGGAACUAGAUAUUUUAGUAAGUUUUGGCUAUUUUUCAUUGUUUGAAUUUUUUUGUUUCUUUUUUAUGA